AUGGGAGACGUCGCCGUGGAGAACCCGGCGAACACCAUCUCGUCUUACAACAAGGCAGCUCCCUUGGAUACGAUUCCCAACAUAGACUCUCUCGAAGGCACAGGCGCAGAUGACGGUGACGAAUAUGCUACCCUGAAGAAGCUGCAGAGACACCUGGAGUACAUCAAACUCCAAGAAGAAUACAUCAAGGAUGAGCAAAGGAGUCUGAAGAGAGAGCUGGUUCGCGCACAGGAGGAGAUCAAGCGGAUACAGAGUGUGCCCUUGGUCAUUGGCCAGUUCAUGGAAGCAAUCGACCAAAAUACCGGUAUUGUGCAGUCAUCGACCGGUUCCAACUAUGUCGUUCGCAUUCUCUCUACCCUCGACCGCGAGAAGCUGAAGCCGUCCUCAUCCGUCGCCCUCCACCGUCAUUCUAACGCCCUCGUUGAUAUCCUACCACCAGAGGCCGACUCUUCCAUUGCUAUGCUAGGAGAGAAUGAGAAGCCGGAUGUGACAUACGCAGAUGUUGGUGGUCUCGACAUGCAGAAGCAGGAAAUUAGAGAGGCCGUCGAGCUUCCUUUGACGCAUUUUGAUCUUUACAAGCAAAUCGGUAUUGACCCUCCUCGCGGUGUUCUGUUAUACGGUCCUCCCGGAACUGGAAAAACAAUGUUGGUCAAAGCUGUUGCGAACAGUACUACCGCAAGCUUCAUCCGCGUGAAUGGUUCCGAAUUUGUUCAGAAAUACUUGGGAGAAGGACCCCGCAUGGUCCGUGAUGUGUUCAGAAUGGCGCGAGAGAACUCUCCAGCCAUCAUCUUUAUUGAUGAAAUUGACGCUAUUGCUACGAAGCGUUUUGAUGCCCAGACCGGUGCCGAUCGUGAGGUCCAGCGUAUCCUGCUAGAACUUCUUAACCAGAUGGAUGGUUUUGAGCAGACGAGUAACGUGAAGGUCAUUAUGGCGACCAACCGAGCAGAUACUCUGGACCCGGCCUUGCUGCGACCCGGUCGUCUAGACCGAAAGAUCGAGUUCCCUUCGCUACGUGACAGGCGAGAGCGCCGAUUGAUUUUCUCCACAAUUGCGUCCAAGAUGUCCUUGUCUCCGGAGGUAGACUUGGACUCACUCAUCGUUCGAAAUGAGCCGCUGUCCGGUGCAGUCAUUGCAGCGAUUAUGCAAGAAGCCGGUCUUCGUGCGGUGCGAAAGAACCGAUACAACAUCAUCCAGUCCGAUCUUGAGGACGCGUACGCUGCACAAGUCAAGACCGGACAGGAAUCGGACAGGCUCGAAUUCUACCGGUAA